GUUACAGGAAGGAAGGUUUUGCUCAGAUGGAUGUUUGGUGUUUUGUUAGAUGGAGGAGCCUCCAAGAAAGUAACAGGAUAUUCAGGAGGAGGAGUCCUUAUCAAGUGCAAGUAUCAUACAGAAUACACACCAAACCCAAAAUAUUUCUGUAAGGGUUCAUCUCCAGGCUGUUCUGACCAAAUAAAGACAGGAAAUAAAAACGAGUGGGUAAAUUCAGGAAGAUUCUCACUGUUUGAUGACACCAAAUCAGCAGAGUUCAGGGUGAUGAUCAGAGAGCUCACUGUACAGGACACUGGGACGUACUACUGUGGAGUUGAUAUACCUACAUGGACAGACAUUUAUACAGCUGUGGAACUGAAGGUAAAGGAAGAUCUGUCCUAUGAGAAGUCCAUCAGUAAGACUGUUCAUGUAGGAGGAGAUUUGAACAUCAGCUUUAAAUACCCAGAAUCCCUCAGGAGUGACCCCAAGUUUCUCUGCAAGUCGAGGCUGCAACAAGCUGCUUGUUUUUAUAAUGAAUCUGUUAAAGAAAGUAGAAAGUUUGUAAAUGAGGGGAAAUUCUCCCUGUAUGAUGACGGAGCAAAACAGAUCUUCACUGUCAGUAUUAGAAAUGUGACUGAGCAGGACUCUGGUGAAUACUGGUGUGGAGCUGAAGGAGCCGGGACAUCUGAUCAUGGAUACAAGGUUUAUUUCACACAGAUCAACCUGAAAGCUACUGAUUCACGUGUCCCAGUUUCAACCCUGAAGCCAAAACAACCAUCAUCACCAUCAUCAUCAUCAUCAUCAUCAUCAUCACCACCACCAUCAUCAUCAUCACCACCAUCUGUUUCUCUUCCAGGAUUUCCAGCUUCCACUGUGAUCCCUGUGUUUAUAAUUCUGCUGCUGUUUCUGAUUGGAAUCUCAUUCGUCUUUGUGAUUGUACAAAGAAGACACAAGAUGCGAGUUGCUGUCUGUGAGUAUGAGGAGAUUAAAGACACUGGACGACUUUCUGCAUCAAAUGCUGGAACUUUCACAGAUUUUUCUUCUGCACAACUACCAACAAUCUCCUCUGAUCCUCAAUCUAUUUAUACAAACACAGAGAUACCCACAAGCCCCUGUGAUUCUCUUGUUUAUUCUACUGUUCAACUACCCACAAUCCCCUGUGAUCAGGACAUCUACUCCACAGUUCAGUUACCCACAUGUGUCUCAGCGGAGAAAUCUCCUGAAAGUCUGAAUUGCGCAACAGUGAGAUUUCACACCAAGGCCACCAGCUCUAAUGAUGGAGUUCCUCCGAUUAUCUUCAAGAAGGAAGAGCUCUCACGUGACUCUGCUUCAGUCAAUCAUGUUACUUCAUGUGGCUAG